CAAUCAAUUUGCAGAUACUGUGCUUCAAUGAGUUUCCUCGGUUUCAGGUUGCCGGUCGAGAACGCAUUGGUUUGCUGUGGUCCGCGCAUACGAAGUAGACACAUAAAACAAUGGUUAGGGAAACAAGGCAAGCAUUGAUCAGAAGCGCCGGAUGACUUUAUCAACCGUGGCAUAGGCGGCACUAUGUAUCACAACUUUUUGGUAUCAAAUGUCAAAAACUACUAUAAAUGAGCGUGUCUCUCCUCCUUGUCCAGCUGACCUUUUCUCACGAGAUAGCACCUCAUUUUUCCGCCACUAUUAUCUUCUCUAUUGCUUUUAUCCUUUCCUAUUGCUUGUUGCGAUUUUGUUAGAACCAGAAUGGCUCGCCGCGCACCACCUCCACCGCCUCCACCGCCGCCCCCACCAAUCACAUCAUCCGCAGCGACGAAGUCACGAUUGACACAGAUCGAGGCACCUACGUACCCUUCUGGAAGUUAUGGCAUUGGAGUGGAGGUUGAGUUCCUACUAAGCCCUCGUCAAGAGACAAAAAGCAAUAGUAUCCGCGACUUCUCAAUAAAGGUGGCGUCGUCUUAUAAUACCUAUCUGGAUCAACUUGCACCAGGUAGACAUCCUCGGAUGCAUAAUGCAAUUGAUGAAGCCUACCUUGGCCCUCAGUUCGCGGAAUGGUCCCUAGAUUCGGACUCAACGAUCGAGAUGCCUAAUAAAGGCCACGAGCCUUGGGGGCUAGAAAGCAUUUCUCCAAUAUUCAGAGCCCAUAAUGGCUCUACAUGGCGUGAACAUGUUGAGUUCAUGUGGAGGUUUCUAGUUACAGACUUCCACAUUAGCGUAAAUACUAGCUGUGGAACACAUGUCCACCUCUCACGUGUUGGCGGCUAUUCGCUCGCAGAUCUGAAGAAGAUAUGUCAAAGCAUUAUCCAUUUUGAGCCUGCAUUUGAAGCUAUCCUGCCUGAGGAAAGACUUGGCAAUGAAUAUGCGCGAAGCAACUGGCUGGACAAUGAGAAUUUCGGACAUCAGAAUCUGUCGCGGAAACAAAGCAUCGCCGUCAUCAACAAGGUUUCCAGUAUAAGAGAACUGGUUCUCCUCAUGAACCCGCAUCAUGAUAAGAUGUUCGGUUGGAACCUCCUUUAUCUUCUCAACAACCCACAUGGCACAAUCGAGUUCAGACGGGGAGCUGCCAGUGCUUCCGUUCAGAAUGUUUUCGCAUAUAUCGAAAUUGCAAUGUCCUUCGUCGAGGCCGCAAUCCGACUGGGAGAUCCGAAAACACUACAGAAAGUGCCUUCCACUGUUGGUGGGCUUAGACAGUUUAUCCAAGCGGCAAAUCUUCCUGAUGGUAUACCUGGAUUAUUUGAUUCUAGGUACCUCAACCUGAUCUUUUUGGGGAAACUGGAAACUGCGUUUCGUGAGCCAAAGCCGCUCGGAAACCUUUCUGCCUAUAAACUGAACAAGCUUAAGGUUAAAAAAGAAGAGGACAAGAAGAAGAAUGUUGCUAUGAUAAAAAUGCUUCGUGAACCUUACUGGAGCUGAUGACACUUAUCUUUCUCUUAGCUACAAAAGAAGCAAGAUUCUGGGGAGUUUUAAACGGCAAUUUACAUAUUUUCAUAGUUUUGCACUCGUAAUUAUUUGAUUGUAUCUUUUCUUUUAUCCCUCAUCAAUUACAAUUCUUAGGUCUAGACCCGUAACUGUUAGUUUCUAUGUAUAUUAGUA